AUGUUACAACUUUUAUUCUUCGUUCUCCUAUCACUCAUUCCCUAUGUCAUUCCCACUUCCUUCGAUAUCCGGCUCGAUCUCAAGCACGUUGAUGCUGAUUCGGGCUUGACUCGGGUCGAGCUCCUCCGACGAGCGGCGCUCCGGGGCAAGAGCAGGGCGACGAGCCUAAUACAUAACUCUACCAUCAACGCGCCGGUCCAGUCUAACGGGGCUGAGUACUUGGUCGAGUUGGCGAUCGGCUCGCCAGCUCAACCUGUCAUGCUCAUCCUUGACACUGGCAGCGAUCUCAUCUGGACUCAGUGCCAGCCCUGUCUCGAAUGCUUCAACCAGAGCCUCUCUCUCUACGCUCCCUCAAACUCGUCCACUUUCUCUAGGCUCUCUUGCUCUAGCAAGCUAUGCCGGGCCCUUUCUCUCUCUGCGUGUCACGGAUUGUGCAUGUACAUGUACGGUUACAGUGAUAAAUCUACUACCAUAGGUGUUUUGGGCGCCGAGACCUUCACCUUUGGUACCACCACUAAAAAGGUCAAAAUCCCCCGUCUCGGGUUCGGAUGUGGGAUUCUGAACCAAGGAAUAUUUUUAACCGAAUCUGGCAUAGCCGGUUUCGGCCGCGGACCCUUAUCAUUAAUCUCUCAACUAAAAAGUAAAAAGUUCUCUUACUGCUUCACUCCCAUACACGACUACAAAAGAAGCACCCUAUUUUUUGGGACGUUAGCGAAUCCAAAAAAGAUCCGAAGUGGAUCCAUCAAAACCACUCCACUAAUCAAAAACCCGCUAAGGCCAAGCUUGUACUACCUCUCUCUCAACGGAAUAACGGUCGGAAAUAAACGCUUAAAAAUACCGAAGUCGGCGUUCACUAUAAAAGAAAACGGCAAUGGUGGAGUAAUAAUAGAUUCCGGCACCGGCUUUACCCGAUUGAACCGGGUCGCGCAUGAUCAGGUAAAGUCCGCAUUUGCAUCUCAAUUAAAGCUCAGCGUCAUUAACGACUCUACAGGAACGUUUGACGUCUGUUUCUCGGUGCCGAUAUCUUCUUAUUUGAGAGUUGAAGUGCCCAAGCUUAUAUACCAUUUCGAAGGUGCGGAUAUGGACGUACCGCGGGACAAUUACGUGGUUGAUUUAGACGAAGGCGGUGGAUUAAUGUGCUUACUUGUAUCGAAAUCGAAGUCGAAUGAUGUUUCAAUAAUAGGGAAUAUACACCAGCAAAAUAUGUGGAUCGAAUAUGAUUUGGAGAAGAACGAGUUGGGGUUUGCUCCUGCCCAAUGUGAUCAGCUGUGACUCAAUUUGGUUUCUAAAUGAUAGCAUUAGCUUUAAUUUGAUAGGAAUAUAUGUGGAGCUGAUUUAUGUUUGUAUUAGUUAAGGGAAAAGGAUAUGUUAAAACUUUUUAGUGAUCUCGUACUAUUUAGAGAUUAUCUUUUAGAAAUGGUAAAAUGCUUCAUGUACGGUCCUAAAGAAGUUCGUUAUUGUUAAUGA